CUACUACAUGUCACAUCGAAUAUCUAUUUUAAAAUUGUUUUCCACUUGUUCCAAAAUUUUCGAAAUUUUCUUAGGCCCAGGAAUUAGUACGAACUAACCAAUUGCUUUGGCCAUAGCGCUAAAUUUUCAGCAGUGAUUAAAAAAAAUUGCAGUUAUCGAUCAUAAUGCCGAUGAAACCUAUAACUGGCAAGAAUCAUUCAGUCCGGACGCUCCAUCCCGGCUACCAUGGCGAUGGGGAUGAAGACCCAUGUAAACGAGGUAUUCUGCGGAACACGAGUUGCCGCCGCUACCGCGAGCAGCUCCGCAAUGCCCGCCACACCAACAUCCUGCAGGGCGUUAUGGUAGUGACGUGUGUGGCCACGGUAAUAGCAUUGCUGCUAUUGCAAAGUAUGGAAAUGAUUGCGGCCAGCGAUACCGAGCAGGCUUCCGGCCCCGCCGACGACCGACAAUUGCUGACCAGGUUGUGGUCGCUCUGGCUGAGCGUAUCGAACUUCCUGGUCAGCGACGUCAUUGGCGAGAGUACUGGAUUCCUCGAAGACAAUGUAGCAAGUGAACCGAGCCAGCCGAUCCAGCCAAUCCGCUCCUACUACUGCAAUCAGCGACUGGACACGAAGAACAUUUUUGAGCAUAUUCGCAAGCAGGUGAUCAACCAGGAGCAGGCUCUGGCCCGCUUUGAACGAGCAAUGCACAGCGAUCGCCAGUUUAAGUCGCUAGCCCUGCUUGGACCGCCUGGUGUGGGAAAGACGCUGACAGCCAUUGCGCUGCGUCAGCACUUUCCCUGGCCGGAAAACAUACACGCAUACUCAUGGAGCACAUAUGUCCCGGACGAGGUGCGCAAGUUUCAUAUGGUUCGCCAUUUCGUGGAGCAGCUAUCCGAUUGUGGGCAGAACCUUCUAAUUAUAGACAACCUAUCGACAUGCGACUACAGCAUCGUGCCCAUCUACAAUCAGCUAAUAUUGGAACGCGAAGGCGAGCGUAAUGCGGCCGCCAAUCAAAGUGUGCUCGUGGUGUACAUCUUUAAUCUGGAGACGGAGCACUACUGGGAACAGUUUGAAUUGCUGCAGCAGUUGCCCUCUGAUACGACAAUCAUCAGCUACCGUCCCUUUGGCCGGGAGGAGCUAAUGGACUGCCUGGAGAACGAGCUGCAGUUGGAACAGCGUGUGCUGAGUCAACGAGCCCUCUCAUGUAUAUUGGAUGAGACCGAUGUAUACGCAACUGGUUGCAAGCGUUUGCGACAGCUUAUCCUGCAGUACGGCCGACCAGAAAUCGAUUGAGCGCCGUUGUACCAUAUCCAAUGGCAAUAGCAAUAUUACCUUUUUGUAAUACUUAGUUUGUCUAUUUGUCAAUCCUACAUAAAAGUCUCCGGUUACAUCCUCCAAAGCGAUUAUGACGCAAGAAAA